GCAACACAACUCUGGCUCGACUCCGGAACCUGAAGAUAAGACAGCAGAGCGACACGGACGGGGUUUGGAGGCGGACCAGAAACAAACGCAGUCUGGACGCUGGAGGGAGAUUUGAGGAGUGUCGGUCCUCAAACCAGCCUGCCGCGUGUUAGCAGGACAGUCAGGGUCGGUAUGGAGCCGGGCAGCGACGUCAAAACCACGCCGAGAGGCUUUCACUGCAGCCUCUGUAAUGUCAACGUACCCAACAAGGCAAGUUUGGAGGAGCAUGUCAAAGGACGGAAGCACCAAACGCUGAGCACUGUGCGGGCCACCCGGAAGAGCCAGGAGCAGCACAGUGUGUUUGUCAGUGGCAUCAAGCCUGACAUCUCUCAGGCUGAUCUGUCAGAGUACUUCCAGCAGUUUGGACCUGUCGCAGACGUCAUCAUGGACAAAGACAGGGGUGUGUAUGCUAUCGUACAGUUCAGCGAGAUGGAGAGCAUACAGACAGCCUUGUCCCAUGUCGAGCACAGGAUGAAAGGGCUGAAGCUGCGUGUGAAACCCCGAGAGAAGAAGGAUUUCAAGCUCAUCCCCAAGAAGAAGCAUGACUACGAGAACCUGCAGCAGGUCCUGGAGCGACUCAAACCCGAAUUGUGUCAGCGGGCAUGUGUGAACGGGCAGAUGCAGUGUGUCGUGGAGCGAUUUCAGCUGGGGGAAAAUGAGAAGAAAGCCCGAGGUUUGCUGAUACAGCUCCUGCAGGAGGUCUUCACUGAGUUCUUUCCAGACAGCCAGAUGCUGCCAUUUGGUUCUUCUGUCAACACCUUUGACAUCCACACCUGUGACCUGGACCUGUUCCUGGACCUGGAAAACACCAAAGUCUUUCAGGCUCGUGCCAAGUCAACUACAGAACAGGCAGGGGAGGGCACCUCAGAUGACGGUCGCUCAGAGGACUCCAUCUUGUCUGACAUUGAUCUGUCCACAGCCUCACCAGCUGAGGUGCUGGACCUUGUGGCAGCAAUCCUGAGGCGAUGUGUCCCCAGCGUGCACAAAGUCCAGGUGGUCAGCAGCGCUCGCCUCCCUGUGGUCAAGUUCCAUCACCGUGAGCUGAACCUUCAGGGAGACAUCACCAUUAACAACAGACUGGCAGUGAGGAACACUCGCUUCCUCCAGCUGUGUUCAGGGACUGAGGCCAGGCUGAGGCCCCUGGUCUACACAAUCCGCCACUGGGCAAAGGUGAAACACCUAGCUGGUAAUCCAAGUGGCGCCGGUCCCUUGCUCAACAACUACGCUCUGACGUUGUUGGUCAUCUUCUUCCUGCAAAACUGUGACCCUCCUGUCCUCCCCACUGUGGACCAGCUAAAAGACAUGGCCUGUGAGGAGGAAGAGUGUGUUAUAGAGGGUUGGAACUGUACCUUCCCCAGUCAGCCUAUUGCAGUGCCACCCAGCAAAAACACCCAGGACCUCUGCGUCCUGCUGGCUGGCUUCUUCUCCUUCUAUGCCCAAUUUGAUUUUGCAGGUAGUGUCAUAUCUCUCAGGGAGGGCCGUGCACUCCCAAUCACUGACUUCCUCAGCCAGAGUAAAGAUGAGGCUGUCAUGGAGGAGGAACAACCCACCAAGGUCCACCACCACAGUCCUAAACUGGGCCCCCUCAACCUCCUGGACCCUUUUGAGCUCACCCACAAUGUAGCUGGGAACCUGACCGAACGCAGCCAGCACAGCUUCCAGAAGGAGUGUCAGGAGGCUGAGAAAUAUUGCCGCAGCCUGCAGUACCAGCGCAAAUCGACCAAGGGGAAGUCGUGGGGGCUGGUGCGCCUCUUCACCCCCCAUGAUGAAGUGCAGUGCCACAAGACCCAGCAGGGAGCCGCAGGGAAGGAGCUGACCAUCAGUGUUCCUUUCAAGCCGGCGCUGCUCCCAGAGGUGUUGCGUAAUCAACUCCACAUGGCUGGAGACAGUUUCCGGCUGCUGUGGUUCCAGAGAGUUUGCUCUGCAGUUGAAAGGGUUUUCCAAGAUGUCCUGAAAUGUAGCCCUACUUUGUCCACGGACACUGUCUUCACAGAAGAUUCAGGUAUUUCUGCCGCUGAGGUGAUGGAAACUUCCUUAACUGACCUCAACACAUCAGCAAAUGAUGGCAGUGAUGGUGUUGUGUCCUCCAGCGAGGCCAGCCCUCUGGCUCCAGCUGUAGUUGGAGCCAAGAGGCCACUGUCUUCAGGCAGCGACACUUCCUUGUCACCCCACGGAAAGAAGCCAAGGCUAGCAAGUAAGGCCAGUCCUGAUUGGCCUGUGUGGACCUGGAUCCAGAGGCACAUAGUUUGGGCCGGCAGAAGGAAGACAAGAAGGGAGCUGGUGAAAGAGGUAGACUCGAAGCCAGAAGGCAGCAAUAUGGAGCUGGAGUGCCAGGUCACAGAGCACAUCAUCGCCAAAGAACCAGAGGUCAAGGAUCCACUGGAGUUCAAGGUUCAACCCCAGCUGGUGGGUGAGACAGAAAGCACAAGGGCUGUUCUCAAGUUCCAGGCCAGUGACAAAACAGGACAUUUCCAAGACUUUUUUCAUUUCCUGGAGGCCUUCCUGCCCAAAAUGGUGGAGACGUUGCUAGAGAGAGAGGUGUAGAAUAUAGUGAGGGCAGUGGGACUCUUCUACAGAGUUUCUGCAAAAUCUAAGAGUUUUUUUUUUUUUUUCUAGUUUUUGUUUAGAAAUAUUAAGAGUUCCAUUUCUCUAACUUAGAUGAAGUUGUUCAUGAAAGAGCAGAAGUGAAAGGGCUUUACAUUGAUCAGCCAACAGUGACUACUGUAAAAACUGGCUUUGUCAGUUUGACUUUGUUCUUUAUGUUUAUAGUCAUGAGUUUGAGUGCUAAAGAAUAAUCCCGAUGAAGCCUAAUGCUUUUUGUUUCAAAUGUGGCUUUGUUUUAGUAAGAUUCUGUUUUAAAAAAUAAUGCUCUUAAUUGACACCGUUUCAAGGGAACCUUCAGUGGCAGAUAUUGUCUAUACAGCUUUUCAUGCCAUUGAAAUAAAUAAUAUUUUGUAAA